AUGGGAUAUUGUCUUGAACAUUGCAAACAUUGGAACUUAUGGUGGUUAGAAGAUUUUAACCAGAAAGAAGGGAAAUUUUGGAAUGAAAGACACAAAAAAAAUACGAUACAACAAAAUCGCCGGAAUAUACAACUGUUUUUCCAAAUAUUAUUGGUGACAGCUAAUUAUGAAAAGCAAGACUCGAAUCUUCCCUUAGUGGAAUCUGAUCAAUUGGCACAAACCUUAGUAUUAUUGAUUGACACUAUCACGAAUUUUCCUUUUUGGCAAGAUUGGACUAAUGGUACUGGUCUUGACAAUUUUUGUUUGAUUCGUAAAUGCAAUGAUUAUGAGUUUAAAGCAAUUGAAAACUGUGGAAAACUGAAGCCUAUAAGUCUUUAA